CAAAGAAAUGAUCUUGAUCACCGACGACAGCCCUGUCUUGACUAGCGUGCAGCUUGUCAAGGCUGAUAGUGGUUUGGUUUGGUUGAUUCCUACACGGUUUCAGCCGCGAAAUGCAGCUAUGCCCGGAUGGCAGGCAUGGCAGACAGCCGACGCGGUGCGGACGUGAAUCUGCACCGCCCCACUUCACUCUCGAAAGAGCCAUCUGUCCCCAGAGGCCUGCCGUUGUCUGGCUUCUAUCUACGACUAUGUACAUUUCGUCGCUAGAAGUGACGUGUUUGCCUGUGUUUUUGUUCCUCAGGUUUUCUUCCUGUGUGUAUGCCGUACUCAAAGCCUCAUGUGUGCAGCAUUGUUCAAGGCUCGUAGAGGCACGGAUGCCUCAUGCUUUGCGUCCGUAAUACCUUCAGUCUCCCCCUAGCGUUCAGCUGUCGUGUGUGCUAGCUUGCCCCAAUACCCCAGGGCCUGGAAUAUGUUCUCUGAUCUCCGAUGUUCUCCAA